UUUGUCUUGGUUCAAAGGGUGAUGUCUGGGCGACAAUUUAAGAUCGUUGGAAACGCUCCUGAGAUGGGCAGUUGGGUCCUUUCUAAAGUGGAGAACAUGACACAGACUCCUGUAGAUGUCUGGGCCAGCGCUGUGACAUUGAGGAAGGGAAUAGCAUACAAGUACAAGCCAUACGUAGUGGACUCUGUGACCGGUUUCACCGAGUGCUUCGCUCACGAGGAACGCCCCUUAACUAUUCCGGAGGAUUAUUGCAAGUCUAAUUAUGUGGAAACAGUGUUUUAUAGCUUGGAGUGCGGUUACCAGUGCCAUAACACCCCUGCUUGCUCCCUCCAUGGUGACCGUAGUCGCCAGGUUAUGUGAUAAUAGAAAUGUAAUAAUGCAGUGCACCAACUCAUAAUCUUUCGGUACAUUUGUUGAAAAAAUAAGCAUUGUACUUCGUAUAUAUAUU